AUGAAAGUUAUCGUAUUCUUAUCAGUUAUCCUGGCUUCGGCACUUUGUGCACCGCAAAGAAAUCCACAAAGCGAAGUCCCCAUUUUGAGAUACGAAAACUCCGUGAAUCACGAUGGCAGUUACAAAUGGAGUUAUGAGUCUGGAGACGGUACUCAAGCGGAAGAACAAGGACAAUUGAAAAACGCUGGAAAUCCAGAUUUGGAAGCUCAAGUAGCUCAAGGUCAAGUUUCAUUUACUUCUCCCGAAGGAGUUCCCGUUAGGCUCACUUACAUUGCUGACGAAAAUGGUUUCCAACCACAGGGUGAUCAUUUGCCAACCCCACCACCAAUCCCUCCAGAAAUAUUGAAAGCUUUGGAAUACAUAAGAGCAAAUCCACAACCUGAAGAAGGUGGUCCAGUCAGACAACCAAACAGAUUCGGUUAA